AAAACCCUUUUUAUUUUAGUUGAUUGGUAAAUUACUCAGGAAGGUUUGCUAUUAACCGGCUUCUUGUAUCUUUUUGUGUAUUUUCUUCUAAACUUAAACUAAUCUUCUAAAAAAUAAGCUUUGAAGGAAAUAAGAAUAGUUUAAAACAGAGCAAUGAUCACUAAUGUGAGAAAUGUAUUUUGUAUAUAUAAAAGCACUAGCUUCCUUCAUCAUCAUCAAUUAAAUGACUCCGAUUUGGUAUCUAUCACUUCUCUUCCUCACUUGUCUUCUUAUCAUCGCCGUCUUCAAACGCAAGAAACAGCAACGAGGACCACCGUCUCCUCCUGGUUUUCCGAUCAUCGGAAACUUACACCAGCUCGGAGAAUUACCACACCAAUCUCUAUGGAGACUCUCAAAACAGUAUGGUCCUGUGAUGUUUUUGAAGCUUGGAAGAGUCCCAACGGUCGUAGUUUCUUCCUCUGAAACUGCAAAACAAGCUUUGAAAAUUCAUGACCUCCAUUGUUGUAGCCGUCCAAGCUUAGCAGGGCCAAGAGAGCUCUCUUACAAUUAUCUGGACAUUGCUUUUGCUCCCUUUGAUGAUUACUGGAAAGAAGUCAAGAAACUGUGUGUGCAAGAGCUCUUCUGUCCAAAACAAGUUCACUCAAUCCAACCCAUCAAGGACGAGGAGGUCAAGAAACUGAUCGAUUCAGUCGCGGAAUCAUCUUCUCAGAAAACACCGGUUAACUUGAGCGAGAAGUUUCUCACUUUAACUGUAGGCGUGAUAUGCAAGGCAGCGUUUGGUGUGAGUUUCCACGGAACUGUGCUCAACAAUGACAGAUUCGACAAGUUCAUCAACGAGGCUUUCUUGUUUCUGGGGAGCUUCUCUGCCUCAGAUUUCUUCCCAAACGGCGGCUGGAUCGUCGACUGGCUCACGGGCUUACAAGGGCGGAGAGAGAGAAGCGUGAGAGAUCUUGAUGCGUUCUAUGAACAGAUGUUUGAUUUGCAUAAAGAGGAGAAAGAAAAAGGGAGUGAAGAUUUCGUGGAUAUGCUCUUGAGGUUUCAGAAAGAAGAAUCUGUUCUUGGAGUAGGCAAGCUCACAAGAAACCAUGUCAAAGCAGUCUUAAUGAAUGUUCUGAUUGGGGCCAUAGGUACUUCUGCAAUAACAAUGACAUGGGCAAUGACAGAACUUAUGAGAAACCCUCGAGCAAUGAAGAAACUGCAAACCGAAAUCAGAAAUCAAAUGGGGAACAAGCCAAUGAUCACCUUGGACGAUAUAGAGCAGCUCCAUUACUUGAAAAUGGUAGUCAAAGAAACAUGGAGGCUACAUCCUCCAGCACCACUUCUUGUUCCAAGAGAAGUAAUGUCAGAAUUUGAGAUCAAUGGCUACAAGAUUCAACCCAAGACACGGCUUUAUGUGAAUGUUUAUGCCAUCGGACGUGAUCCUGACAUCUGGAAAGAUCCAGAGAUGUUUCUCCCCGAAAGGUUUAUUGAUAACAACAUUGAUGUAAAAGGGCAGAACUUUGAGUUGUUACCCUUUGGAGGAGGCAGGAGACUAUGUCCUGCGAUUUACAUGGGGACAUCAAUGGUGGAGUUUGGUCUUGCGAAUAUGCUGUAUCAUUUUGACUGGAUAUUACCAGAUGGCAUGUCGGUGGAAGAUAUCGACAUGGAAGAGACUCCUGGACUCAAUGUGAGCAAGAAAAUUGAGCUUCAACUUGUUCCUGUGAAGUAUUUAGACCAUUGAUCACUUGAACUAAGUUUUUUCAUGAGACUACGAAAUCAAUUGUAGCAUCGAUGGAACUUAAUAAAACUAAAUCUUGUGUUCUUUUGUUUCUUGUUUUGUUAAUAGUUAAUAAUACAAUGGUGCAUGAAAUGGAAACUUAAAAAGAACAGGAUGUAUGUAUAGAUAGAAAAAAGUUCUAUGACUUAGACAAUACUGUCAAUUAUGUUUUAAAGUUGAUUUUAAACCUACUGACAAAAAAGGAGUUUUUAAAUAAAAUAU